UCCAUCCAUUUUGACAGCUUUUUAACCAGUGUCGUGCGGUCUUACUUUCUUACGUUUAUCUCUGAAUAAAAGUUUAAUUCAUCAAAAAUGACUUCAAGAACGGCUGGAACAACCCGCCGCGUACCCGAUAAUGAUACAACGAUAGCUUACGUUCAAGCGGACGGUUUAGCUGUAAUGAAAAUGGUGAAACAUUGUCAUGAAGAAGCCUCCGGUAACAUGGAUAUAGCUCAAGGUGCUCUGCUAGGUUUGGUGGUUGAAAAUCGAUUGGAAAUUACCAAUUGUUUCCCAUUUCCAAAAACUCCCGAUGAAAAUAUGGAUGAAGAUGAGUAUCAAUUAGCAAUGAUGAGACGUUUAAGAAGAGUGAAUGUCGAUCAUUUUCAUGUUGGUUGGUAUCAAAGUGCUGAUGUAGGGAAUUUUUUGAGCUCACCCCUUUUGGAGUCUCAAUAUCAUUAUCAAACUUCUAUUGAAGAAUCUGUUGUGGUUAUUUAUGAUACCCAAAAGUCUUCAAGAGGAUUUUUAACAUUAAAAGCUUAUCGUUUAACUCCUCAAGCUAUUGAACUUUAUAAAGAAGGAGAAUUUACAGCUGAAGCAUUAUUAAAAUUAAAAGUUGGAUAUGAAACUUUAUUUACCGAGGUUCCCAUUGUUAUUAGAAACUCUGCUUUAACUAAUAUUAUGAUGUCUGAGUUAUCUGAGAUGGUUCCUGAAGAAGAGGGAUCAAAAUUUUUGGAUUUAGGAACUGCUUCGGUUUUGGAAUCCCAAUUAAGAUGCUUAAUGGAUCGAGUUGAUGAAUUGAAUCAAGAAGCCAUUAAAUUUAAUAGAUACCAACAAUUAUUGAGUCGUCAACAACAAGAUAAACAUCGUUAUUUGCAAAAGAGAGCUCAAGAAAACGCCGCUCGAGUCGCUAAAGAUGAAGCUCCAUUACCAGAAGAAGAUAUCAAUAAGUUAUUUAGACCUCACCCUGUUCCACCGAGGUUAAAUCCUAUGCUUAUUGCGGGACAAAUUGCUACUCAUAGUCAGCAUAUUGCACAAUUUUGUUCUCAAUCUUUGGCAAAAUUAUAUAUUACUCAAUCUUUACAAAAUGCGAAAGAAUCUAGUUCAAAUCACUAGAAAUAAAUUGGAAUUAAAGAAGUUUUUAAUAAAAAAAUCUUUUUAAUUGUA